AUGAAUUCAACCUUCGGACCUAUCCAAGGCACAUCAAGCCUUUCAGUUUCUGGAUCCAACAGGCCGUUGCGAAAGCGCGCCGCCUGUAAUAGUUGUCAUGCCAGUAAGGUGAAAUGUAGCGGCGAGCGUCAUGGCUGUACGCGCUGCCAAGAGCACGGCCUUCAGUGUGAAUAUGAGGUCUCUAUGGUUGGUCGCACGUCGACCAAGCGAGGCAAGCGAAAGAGGCAAGACAGCUCAACAUCAAAAGCCCAAUUUCAACGACAGCAAGGUUCGGAGCCCACGAUUCAAAGACGUGUGCAGGUACAGCCGACGACAUUGGAAGCGCCGACACGUCAAAAUCAAUCGCAUCCCGAGCAUCUUCAAACCACACAUGGUGGUUCUGCCCAGCAAACCACGAUCAAUCCUGGCACCGAUGACGAAGUUUUCGGACACGAAAACAUGAGCUCUCAUCCUUCACUUUCCGACGAGAACGUGUCUCUUAUGGGUGCGAGUGAGGGUCUCAUGGAAGAGUUCCUCAUGUUCGAUUAUCCGAAUGACCCACUGGCACUGGAUGAGAGCUUUCAAUACGAAGCGAGCAGCACAACUCAUUCGGCGAUGGACUUGAUUCAAACCCAGCCGCUUUCUAUCUCGAAAGAUCUUCACCGAUACGAACGUAGCGCACGGCAGCCAACCCCGACCCCAAGUGUGUCGACGCAUCAAGGGACAAUUGCUGCUGAUCGUCAAAUCUCCACAAGCCUGGACGCAACUUAUGCCAGCCAUGUUGAGAUCAAGCACCCUCAGCAGACUGCCCUCUCCUCCCUGAUGGAGAUCAUCAGCGAUCUCGAGGGUUGUGUCAGGGGGGAUAGACUGCUCCGUAUCGAUAACCGCUUGAGUACAAGUAGAGCAGCAAUAUGUGGGCUUCGGAUGGUCAUUGCGAAGAACUMCUUCCAAUCUUCUGGAAUUUGUUUAGUGUUGAUUGCUUCUGCGCUUGAUCUAAUCUUGGAGAACUAUAGCUGUGUUGUGGGUGCAAUCAACGGCGAUUAUGAAGAUGUGGAUCAUGAUGUACAUGCAUCGGAGGCGCGACGCAUGGACGGUGUCGUAGAGAUGGACUCGCCAUCUCUUAUGACUCCCAGCACAAUGACACCAUCUUCGGAGCAGAGCAGGCAACCUACGCGUACUUCCUCGCUAGGUGCAUGCUCGAGUGGAUCCUCCAUACCACUUCGCAUGGGCUGUUACGAGCUGGACGAGGAAGACCAGGUUCUGCUACGCAACCACAUUAUUCGCAAAGAGCUUCGGCGUUGCAUUGAAGUCGCACGAAGCUGCGUGAAGUUGUCGCAGCCAAGCGGUGGGGGUUUUUCGUCGAACUACAAUCGAGUGCGAUGUUCACUACAAGCGGAUACGGAAGCUUCAGUGUAUCGUCUAUUAGCAGCGCUGGAUAUCCGGGCGAGAGAAGAAUGUUGA